AUGGCUACCAGAAGCUUGAAACUAUACACGCUUUUGAUGCUUUUGCACAUCCUCACCGAUCCAACAAAUGCAGGCGCUCAACGGUUGUCCCAACCGAUUGAUGUUUCCAAGAUACCAUCUUGUCUAUUGGCAAGUUGCGAUUCCGAUCCCCUAGGCAGCGCACCUACAGAUGCAUGCAAGCCUACAGAACCGUCGACUCAGCUGUACGAUCGAAGCUGCUACUGCGCGCUCAAGGAUCCGCUCUACUGUGCAUGGUCGUGCACUUGGUGGGAGUGGAUGGCCACCGAGGACUGGUUCGUGAGCGAAUGUGGACCGGAGUCUGACGACCUUUCUUACGACGGUCUGCCAGACUGCGCGCACAGUUGUCUGCGCGAAAAGCUCGUCUACUAUGGCUGUGUCACCGAGGGUCGCAACUUCUUCUGUAUCCACGGCAGUCUGUUUGACUGCCAGCCCAACUGCCACAAGGAGAGCGAAAGGACGGCUGUCAAGAACUGGCUAAUGGACCGGUGUGGUGUCAGUGCCGCAUUGGCCGAGAAGGGCGCCGACACCGGUAUCUUCUAUGGCUCCACAGACGCAGCUUCGGAGUCGAGACAGUCGCCGAUCCUGUUUCGGUCCAAAAGGAAGGAGUUGAAGUGGUACGAGAUCUUUGCGAUUGUGCUGCUCUGCGUCUCUGUGCUUGUGGAAGGACUCAUCUGGAUCGAUCUACGCCUGAGGCAGAGAAAAUCCAGCCGUCACAGGCCCGAUCGCAAGGUCGAAUAUCAAGUGGCCUGA